GAGCAGCUGGUGCUGCCUGGUUGUGGCGCGCGGGGGGAGGUGGGAAGAUGGCGGCGCCUGGCGAUGGAGUUGGCGGUGUCUGUAAACAUCACGCGCAGCAAGACGUUUGCGACUCGCGCGCCAAGUACCGAGAGGGGCGCAGACCCCGCGCAGUGAAGGUGUAUACUGUCAACUUGGAAUCUCGUUAUUUGCUAAUACAGGGAGUUCCUGCUUUGGGCGUUAUGAAGGAAUUAGUGGAACAAUUUGCAUUAUAUGGUGCCAUUGAAGAGUACAAUGCUUUAGAUGAGUAUCCAGCAGAACAAUUUACAGAAGUUUAUCUUAUCAAAUUCCAAAAAUUACAGAGUGCAAGGGUAGCCAAGAGAAAACUGGAUGAACGGAGUUUCUUUGGUAGUUUGCUUCAUGUGUGUUACGCUCCAGAAUUUGAAACAGUCCAAGAGACUAGGGAGAAGCUGCAAGACAGGAGAAAGUAUAUCGCAAGAGCAACAAGUAAUAGAGUUCAUUUUGUGGUAAAGAAGAUACAGGAGCCUAAAAAAACUGUUUCAAAGAACUCAGAACAUAACUUUCAACCAGAAACCUUAGGAUUCAGUGCAGUGGAUGCAAACAUUGGGAACUGGGAUCCAUCUGCAUGUUGUCCUUACCAGCCAUCUUGUGAAUUUUCAUCAAGAAACACAGCAUGUCCUUCAGGAGGUCACUUUCAGAGGGUGUUGGCAUUCCCUCAAUAUGUCAGUAACUGUGCUGAAACUUCUGCAUCCUUUUGCCAAAGUAAACCUUGGACUCGAAGUGCACAACAGGGGGGAUAUACCAACACACCAGUUUCUCUUGUGCUGCAAAGAAAAGUUCCUUCUGAUAAUGGAAUUGGGAGAUUUAUGCCCCGAACAACUCAACUGCAAGAGCGAAAGAGAAAGAGAGACCAAGGCAAUCAAAUUGACUUCAUUGGAAUAGACUCAGAUAGUACCAAAGUCAUUAUUGGUCCACAGCUACCAGAAAUACCAAAAGUGGACAUGGAUGAUGAUUCAUUGAAUACUUCAGCAAGUUUAAUUCGAAAUAAACUUAUGGAGGUAGCAGUUUCUGUUCCAAAAUCAUUUGGGGAAAAGCCAGAGGAUACUCAAACAAAGCGAUCGCUAAAGCAGAGAAGAAGAAUAUAGAUACCCCUGGCAGCAUCUCUGAUGAUCAUCUGCCUUUAAAGGAUGUAAUUUCAAGUGUUUUUUAUUUUUGUAAAGUCAAAGGUAAAGAAAUAUUAAAAUUGUCUGUAUAUUAUAAUGUAUUUUCUAGCAGUAGCAUUAUAAAUCUUGUAUUUUUUUGACAUUCAAUUAAACAAAUGUCUAAUUAGUAGCAUUCUUGUAUCUCAGUAGCCAGACACACAGAUAAUAUUUUAUACCUCAUGAAAC